UUCUGCCAAUGUGCAAGUUCUGUGUUUAUAGUCUAGUUUUGUACCUCCGCCCCUGUGCGCGCCUUUUGUUUGAUCUUUUGUUUGUAGUUAUAGUGUUUAAAUAAAUCAUGUAUUCCCCUUCACGCCACGUAUGGUCCAAAUCUUUUGCACCUCGGGAGAACAAACCACGCCAUAGUCCAAGUCGUGACAGUCUGGUGAUAAUGUUCCCCUUUAAAGAGUACGUAUAAGAAAAAAGAAGCUGACAGAAAAUGGAUAUACAUGCAUGCAAAGAAACAUGCUUAAAAGGCAUUCUUCCCUUCUUGGAGGAGGAGCUUUACAUUCUUCUGAGCCAAUCAGGACAGGCGGAAACAGGUCAGGUAGGUGAAGAGAACCUCAUAGAGCGUGCAGGCAGUGCACAGAAGCCAGGAGGUCAAGUGGCGAUUAUGUCCAAGCGUCCGUCCAACGUCAAGGCCCUGCAGGCUAAUCUGAACAUCCCGAUGGGAGCUCUGCGUCCAGGGGCGGGACAUCCUGUGAGGAGGAGAGAGGAGACGGGAGAAGCACACGAGGCUCCCUCGCCGCCGGACGAGCAGUCCGGGGACGCGGCUCACACGCCGGAGGACAAAAAGACGUUGCCGGGCGCCGUCAAGCUGCCGGGGCCGGCGGUCAACCUCUCGGAGCUGCAGAACGUCAAGAGCGAACUACGCUGGGUCACCAAGGAAUAACACCUGUGCUGCUGUGCAAGGAUCAAUGUUUAGGUGCCGAGGAAGGACAAUAAAGACUCGCCUGCUGCGGCUGUGAAGGCGCUUCCACGCGUUUGGCAACAUUAGCAGCUUUGUGUGACCCGCUCUACAUCAACAAACAUCUCUCGAAUUAUUGAAAUCAUUCAUACAAACGCAGCAAUGACACAAAACAGCAAAGACACUUUUCAGUACUUGGCAUUCUUUUAUGACAAUCUAGCGAUGAUGUUUUGUAAAUGGCCGAUUUUACGUGUUGCACUUUUUUUGGUCUUAUUGUGUUGUUCUAAUGAAACUGACAUCUGCAGGAGCAAUAAAUCUAUUUGGUUGUGACAUCUAUUUAUGACCCCAAAAUAAUCUGUUUACCGCACAGCCAUCACAUUUAAGCAAUGUAUUAUCGUCUCAUGGAAAACAAACUUGGAUACACUUAAGAGUAGUCCGUGUCCAGAGACUGUAUGACGACGCUGGAUAGCCGCAAGAGUAUUGUGUGUUGUCCACAGGCGGUGGUUGAAUCAGUCUGGGAGAUGCACGAGUGCUGCCAACACAAGGGGGCAGCUGCAAUUCAUUGGGGGGAAACAUGAAUUCCAACAUAUACAGUGGCAUUGUGAACAAGAAGAUGAUCAGAUCUCUUUUUCUUCUUGAGUUUAAAGACACACAGUAGCCCCUUUAAAUGUUUGGGAUGUAACAAUAUGAACUUUUCUUAUCACGGUUAUUGUGACCAAAAUCAUCCCGGUUAUCAAUAUUAUCGUGGUAUUUCUGAAUGUGCUCAAAAAGUACUUCUACACAAUGAUUUCCUUUUUUUUUUAAAUAAUCAAAAUAAAUAGACCUAUUGUAAAAUUCACGAUGUUGGAUGUUUUGUGUCUAAUGAUUCACUAAUAAGAGGCUGGCGUUGUCGCUUCC